CGCCCACAUCCCUCUGAGCGAGGACGUCAGUUCAAGCUUGUCUACCAGAUUCUGGAGGGAGGAUAGCACCACAGGCAGGGGAGCCAGGCCAGGGACGACCAGCAGUCACAGUGCCCACCACAAUCAAGGGAGUCAGUCACCCUGUCCCGAUCAGCACAGCCCCAGAGUCCCAUCACCAUGGACUCUGCAGAGUAUGUGCUCUGUGGCUGGAAGGGCCAGUUGUGGCCUGCAAGGGUGUUGUCCAGACCCGGGACCUCAGCCCAUAGUAAGAGGAGAGGGGCAUCUUUCCUGGAGGUCCAAAUUCUGCCUGUGGGUGAGAAGACGAGAGUAAGGAGCACAGAGGCGAGGCCCCUAACCAAGUCUGAAACCGUAACCAUCGCUUCCUUGGCAGGAAAGGAGUCACAGGGCAAAAGCUCGCCAAGGCAGACCAGGGCAUACAGAAAAGCCCUCAAGGUGGCACUGGAUGUUCUGGGUGAGGGAACCUGCUUGUAUCAAGAAGGAAGGGCAGGUGGCCGAAGAACCAGCACAGCGGCGCCAAAGGUUCCAAAAGAGCAGGCCAGCUCCAGCCCACGCCAGCGCCUGCACCUCCGAGGGCGCAACCAGAAAGGCCAAGGGCUCUCCCACAGGAGUCCUGGGAAGCGGGGCCGCCCGGGACCUGUGUUGAUGGGCUCACCGAAUAUGCCUGCAGUGCAAGGGGGGAAAGCCCGGGCACACAGUGCUGUUGGGCACGCUCACUUUGAAAUGCAAGGAAACAUGCUAAGACGCACCAGAGUGUGGCCAGGUUCCUGCAAGACACCAGCAGGAAAUGCUGGUGAUAAUCUCGGCAAGAGAAAGCUGAGCACAUCCAAGCUCAGGUCUUUGAGUGCCCCGGCCUCCAAGGAGGGUGCCCGGGAUAAAAAUGAGCAGCAGCAGGCUGCCUCUGGGCCACCGAGGUGCGGCGGCCUGGAGAUCCGGGCUAUUGGAGCCCAAAGGAAGACCACCCUCUCAGAGAACAAGGAGGACCCCGGCCGGGGAACCCCGAAGCCGGACACAAAGGGAGCAUCGGCAGCCUGCAUGCCUCCAAUCCCGAGGCUACGAAGAUCUCUCCGCAUUGCUGGCCGGAAGAGGAAGAUCCAUGUGCUGUGUGCACAAUGCGGGCUCCCAGAAUUGGAAACUAAGGUGCGCUCAAAGGUAACUAACACCAGGGGCAAGAGGAGAGCGGCUGGAGUUCAAGGAGCCCGCCAAGCCACCAACGUGGCUUCUGCUCAGGAGCCGAGUACCAUCGAACGAGGGAUGCUGGUCUGGUUCAAAUUUCAGGACCUUCCUUUCUGGCCGGCGGUGGUCAAGAGUGUCAGCAAAAACGACAAGAUGGCAAGGGUGCUGUUGAUCGAGGGCAACAUGCAGUUUGAGCACAGGGGUGUCAGAGUCCCUCUCCGCAAGCUGAAGCACCUGGACUGUGGAGCAAAAUUAUCGCUCCUGAGGAGAGCCAGCAGAGUGUACAGCCAGGGCAUCAACUGGUGCCUCUCGGUGAUUGACCACUACAGAGAGGACCUGGCCUGCGGCUCCUUCCUGGGCUCCUUUAUGGACUACUACACCUCCCAAGCCAGUUAUCCGCUAAGGAGAGCCAUCCAAGAGGGCGACCUGCACAUUGAUUUCCCCAAGGUGAGCUAUGCCGACUUGGAAGAUUGGGAGGAGGAGACAGGCCUGGGUGGGAAGGGGCCCUGCAAGAAACUCCUGCCUGACCGCAUGAGGGCCGCUUGGGACAGAGCCAACCAGAAGCUAGUAGACUUCAUCGUGAAGAGAAAGGGGGCCGACCAGCAUCUGCUGGACAUUGUGAAGGGCAGGAAACCGUCCAGGUGGCUGGACGACCUUUGGAAAUCAAAGAGGGAAGUCUUCUGCAUUGAGACCUACCUGGAGGAUGAGGACCAGUUGCAUCUUGUGGCCAGACAUUUGCAAGAAAUAUCCAAGGAAGCAGACGAGGCCCUGCUCUCACUGGCAAGAGGAGACAAAGUCCGGUUUACCAUGGAGGUUCUUCUUCCAGAAGCAAUCAUCUGCUCCAUCGCUGCCCUGGAUGAGCUCAGCUACAAGGAGGCAGAAGAGAAGUACCUGCGUGGCCCACCUGUGCACUACCGUGAAAAAGAGCUCUUUGACAAGACCAUCCUAAAGGCUGCCCGGAAGAGGUCAGCAGCCAGGGUUCGGGCUGCCAGGGACCCCUCUGCACCCACUCCUUAG